AGUGUUUGAUUCUCUGCUUUCCAAAUCUAAACGGCUGCAGGCCUUGGUGUCAUGGAUCUAUGUGUGACCAUCAAAGGGGUCUCCUUCCUCUUGCAAACAGGUAUGGGCAUCUUGGGGAACACUGUGGUGCUGCUGGCGUACGCCAACAUAAUUUUCACCGAGCCUAAGCUCCUCCCUGUGGACAUGAUCCUGUGCCACCUGGCCUUCGCCAACCUGUUGCUGCUCCUGACCCGCUGCGUCCCUCAGACUAUGACUGUGUUCGGGUUGAGGGACCUGCUGAAUGACCCCGGCUGCAAGGUGGUGAUCUACGCCUACCGCAUCGGCCGGGCAUUGUCGGUCUGCAUCACCUGUAUGCUCAGUGUGUUCCAGGCGGUGACCAUUGCCCCCGCUGGACCCCAUUUGUCCAGACUGAAGCUUGCACUUCCCGCCCUGGUCAUCCCCACCUUUGCAGGACUGUGGUUCCUCAACAUGGCCAUAUGCAUCGCAGCCCCUUUCUUCUCCAUGGCGCCACGUAACGGCACCGUCCCUGCCUUCACCCUGAACCUUGGCUUCUGUCAUGUGGACUUCAGAGACAACCUGUCCUAUGUGAUUAAUGGCGUGGCUGUCUCUGGGAGGGACUUUGCCUUUGUCGCCCUGAUGCUGGGCUCAAGCGGUUACAUCCUGCUGCUCCUCCACCGCCACAGCCGCCAGGUGAGAGGGAUCCGUCGCUCUCAGGGCGGCGGGGCAGAGACCAGGGCUGCCAAAACAGUAGUGACCUUGGUGGUUCUCUACGUGGUCUUCUUUGGGAUUGAUAACGUGAUCUGGAUCUACAUGCUGACGGUGGCGAAGGUGUCGCCAGUGGUGGCUGAUAUGAGGGUGUUCUUCUCGUCCUGCUACGCCUCUCUCAGCCCCUACUUCAUCAUUUCCUCCAACAAGAAGGUCAAGGCGAAGCUCGUGUGCGCAGCCGAGCAAGACCAGCCGUCAGCGGACAAUCAGGAGUCGAGUGACAAAUGACUCCGUCUCUGUCUUGACAGGCUGCUGACUAACAAGACUGCAGAGUUGUACUCUCAGACCUGAUCAUUUUCACCACUGCUGAACACAUGACUGUCAUUUUACGGAACA